AUGUCUACUGAGAAACAAAACCCCGUGGAAAAUUUGCAGGGCUCCUGGGUUGAGCUGCACUAUCACAGCAGCAGCAGCAGUGGCAGUGGCAGUGGCAGUGUUGGCCAGCAGGGAGGAGAAGAGCAGGUGUCAGCCUCCGCUCACAGUGGGGACGUGGAGAAGAUGCUCCUGGAUGCACAGCACGAGUCUGGCCGGAGCAGCUCGCGGGGAAGCCUGCCCUGUGACAGUCCUCCAAGAUCCCAGACUCCACAGCAUCUGCGCAGAGGCUCAGAGGUUCAAAGCACAGGAGAGAAGAAUAGUUCUCAGUCCGAGGAAGAUUAUAUCGAGAGAAGGCGAGAGGUCGAGAAUAUAAUGAAGAAAAAUGCGGACUGGAUCUGGGACUGGUCGAGUCGACCUGAAAACCUUCCGCCCAAAGAGUUCCUGCUCAGGCACCCAAAACGCUCAAGCGCCCUCAGCAUGAGGAACACCAGGGUCAUGAAGAAAGGGGGGAUUUUCUCCGCCGAAUUCCUGAAGUUGUUCCUGCCUUCACUGCUCAUAUCACACAUACUGGCCGUAGGCCUUGGGUGA